GAGCUGAGCGCUGGAAGGCGCCUCGUGCGGUUCGGGCGCACGCAGGACGCCAACCAAAUCUUGGUCUCGUGCAAGUCCAUCGAGCCGGAGGACUACACGGAGGGCCAGGUCGUCGCUUCCUGCAUCUAUCGCGUCGACGACGGCGAGUUCUACAUCACCUCUGUCGACAUCAUCUCCCUCCUGCAAUACCUCGUCCAAAACAACUUUUCCGUCGAGGAGAAGAACCGGAUCCGGCGCAACCUCGAGGGCCUCCACCCCAUCACCAUCAACAAGACGCCGCGCUUCUCCGAGUUUUUCCAGCAAAUUAUGGACUACCCCGCCCCCAAGCCGCGGCACAUCGAGAAGGACAUCAAGGUUUUCCCCUGGUCCCGCCUCGCCGAAGCCCUGGGGAAGGUCCUCGCGAAAUACGUGAGC